AUGGCUCUCGUGAAUCUCAUCUUUAUAUUGCUCUUCUUGGUAUCACUAGUGUAUUCUAAAGUUACACUUGAGAAUUCUGGUUUUGAAUCUCCACCAACAAAUCUAACCACAAACUCUACCUCCCAAUUCAUACUCCUCGAUACGAAAACCAACCGUAUCCCCGGUUGGUCAUUCAACGGUACCAUUUGGUACGUGACAGCUGGCGGAAACGUUUCUCUACCUGGAAAUGGUCAUGGCUUGCAACUGGGUCCAAACGGUAUGAUUAACCAAACAUUCAAACCGGAUGGAAAUUACGAUUUUGUCCUCACCUUUACACUUGCUCCAAGCAGCCCCGAUUGUGCCAACUCCACUUCUGUAAAUGUUUCGGGCCCUAGUGCUUCUGAAGUAUUCUUCUUCAGAGAAUCACUAGGGACCGAAAUGUGGCAAACCUAUGCUUAUUCCUUAUGGAACCAAAAGGAUCUUAUGAGCCUACGAAUUCAAAGUACAUCAACAAGUAAUAGUAAUAAUACAACUUGUUGGCCUAUUGUCGACACUAUUCUAGUUACCGGGAUCCAUGGUCCAAGGUCGUAUUCAGAUAAUGGGUUUGUGAAUAGUGGAUUUGAAGUGGGACCCGUCUUUAUCGAGAACUCCUCUCAAGGAGUCCUGCUUGAGGCUGAUUCAAGCUAUCCAGACAGUUCAAUCCAAUCUCCGCUCCAAUAUUGGACCAUUUUAGGUAUAGUAAAAUACAUUGAUUCGAAUCACUAUGCGGUCCCACGCGGAGGUCGAGCAGUUGAGUUGAUUUCUGGUAAUCCAUCGGGGAUCGUGUCAAGUGUAGGCUUUUUGAAACACGGGCAAGUUACUAUUGAUUUCAUCAUGGGUGAUGCCAAUUGA